AGAGAAGGGAAAUGACUUUUCCCAUGUUUCCCAGUAAGCCAGUGUCAUAUCAUAAUCGAGUAUAGUCAAGUCUCUUAACCUGUUGUUUCAUUCAGUGGACCAUGGAUAACACUCAUAAAUCUUUUCAGAAUAAUCGAGUAACACUUGAGAAACUAGAGGCAGUUUAAGCUAGAAGAAGGGCAAUGGGUAGAGGAAAACAAAUUUAGAAAACACUGCUAUGGAAAAAUUCUGUUGAAAUUCAACAGGAGAUAAGACCCUAAUUCAGCAAAAACCCGAAGUACACAUUUCAUUUUAAGCAUACUGUCUUGGAACUAAUGCUAUAUUUAAACUUAAACAUGUACCUCAAAUGCUUUGCUGGAUUAGGGCCUAAACCAACAAGUGCCUAUAAAAAUUUAAAAGUUCCUAUAGAAAUUAUUGCCAAAAGCUAUAGAGAAUGAUUUCCUUUCUCCAGCAUUGUAAGCUUAUCCCACAGUAUCUUGUAGAAAAUACUGUAUCCCUGGUUUAAAGAUUUUACGGGAACCCUAAGUCUAUAAAGGCUUUUCCUGUAAAACGUUUGACUUAAGAAAGAAACUAAAAAUAAUACUGCAGCCACUUCUGAUAUGGUAUAAUUUCCUGAUUACCAAAGCAUGUAUUGAAAUCUCAGGCAGAGCAAUCGUGAUAGUCUAGAGAGUAUCUGUAUACGUUUUUCUAUGAUGAAACAUCAGGAACUGCUGUCUACUGUGUUGCAGUCACAUAGGAUUAAGUAAUGUUUUAGUCGUCAGCCCCACUCCUUUUCAGGUUCAGGGAUUUCCCUGUCCUGCAUUAUCCAUGUGUUUGAUCAACCCUCUGUUUUGCAUACCUAGUGCCAGCAGAGUAUAAAAGGCAUUCACGAUUCAACAGGGACACAGUACCACUGAGAUUAAAGACCUAAACUUUGGCAGAGAAGACUACAGACUUGGAAAAACUUCUCGCGAAAGCAAGAGAAGCCUCCUCCUCAUCACCUAAAUCACAGUAUCAGGGUUGGGAAGUACCAGCAUAACUUAAAAUACACAAAAUGCUGUGCCCUUGGCAAUUUGCGUUCAAGACUCAAGCCAGUAAGAACCAGUCCUUUGAAGAGAAAGAUGUAAAUAAUAAUGUGGAAAAAGCAGCCAUGAAAGAUCACAGCUUAAUGAAAGAAGACGCCAAUAACCUGAGCAAGAAACAGAAUGAGAUGCCCUAUGUCAAAACUGCAGCUGAGAAACCUCCACAAAAUGGCAUCAAGCCAGUGAACCAAAAGCCGAGGUGCCCAAGAUAUGUAAAAAUUAAAAACAUGGAAAAUGGCACCAUCCUUCAAGAUACAUUGCACCUUCAGGCAAAGGAGGUUAUGAACUGCAGGACCAAGGCUUGCCAAGGGGCACUGAUGACCCCAAAAGGUUUUUCGAGAGGCCCUAGAGACAAGCCAGUCCCACCAGAAGAGCUUCUACCUCAGGCAAUAGAAUUUGUCAAUCAGUACUACGGCUCGUUCAAAGAACCAAAAGUAGAAGAACAUCUGGCCCGAAUGGAAGCAGUUAAUAAAGAGAUAGAAACAACAGGAACCUAUCAGCUGACCAAAGAUGAACUUAUCUUUGCAACAAAACAGGCCUGGAGAAAUGCUCCAAGGUGCAUAGGAAGAAUCCAGUGGUCCAAUCUACAGGUGUUUGAUGCACGUGACUGUAAAACAGCCAAGGAAAUGUUUGAACAUAUCUGUCGCCAUAUUGAAUACUCCACAAACAAUGGAAAUAUAAGGUCGGCCAUCACCGUCUUCCCUCAACGGACUGAUGGGAAACAUGAUUUUCGCAUAUGGAAUGGCCAGCUCAUCCGAUACGCUGGGUACCAAAUGCCAGAUGGGUCCAUCAUCGGAGACCCAGGCUGUCUGCAGCUGACACAGUUGUGCAUUGAUCUUGGGUGGAAGCCUAAGUAUGGUCGCUUUGAUUUAGUUCCACUGAUUAUCCAAGCAAACGGCCAAGACCCGGAAAUAUUUGAACUGCCUCCAGAAAUUAUCCUUGAAGUGCCAAUGGAGCAUCCAAAGUACGAAUGGUUUAAAGACCUGGAUCUGAAGUGGUAUGCGAUGCCUGCUGUGGCCAACAUGUUGCUCGAAGUGGGAGGCCUGGAAUUCACUGGCUGCCCUUUCAACGGCUGGUACAUGGGCACCGAGAUAGGCGUGCGAGAUUUCUGUGAUGUGCAACGGUACAACAUCCUUCAGGAAGUAGGAAGAAGGAUGGGUCUGGACACAAACAAACUUUCUUCACUGUGGAAAGACCAAGCUGUUAUAGAGAUCAACAUUGCUGUGCUUUAUAGCUUCCAAAAGCAAAAUGUCACCAUCAUGGACCACCACUCUGCUGCUGAGUCCUUCAUGAAAUACAUGCAGAAUGAGUACCGUGUUCGAGGAGGUUGUCCGGCAGACUGGGUUUGGCUUGUGCCUCCGAUAUCAGGGAGCAUUACCCCAGUAUUUCACCAGGAGAUGCUGAACUAUGUGCUUUCACCGUUCUAUUACUACCAAGAGGAUGCUUGGAAAACUCACGUCUGGCAUGAUGAAACACGCAGGCCAAAGAAAAAGGAGAUAAAGUUUAGUGUUUUUGCAAAGGCCGCAUUCUUUGCCUCUUCAUUGAUGCGGAAAAGAAUGGCAGCCCGGUCUAAAGCAACUGUGAUAUAUGCGACAGAGACGGGGAAAUCUGAAACCCUGGCCAACAAUCUGUGUGACUUAUUCAACUGUGCCUUCAAUACCAGGAUUCUUUGUAUGGAUGACUAUAAGAUCAGUGACCUGGAGAAAGAAAAUCUCCUUCUGGUGGUAACCAGCACUUUUGGAAAUGGAGAUUCACCUGGCAAUGGAAAGAAAUUGAAGGAAGCCCUGUUCACUAUGAAAAAGCUGAACAAAAAAUUCAGAUAUGCUGUGUUUGGCCUGGGAUCAACCAUGUAUCCAGAGUUCUGUGCCUUCGCUCAUGCCAUUGACCAAAAACUUGCACAGAUAGGUGCCUCUCAGAUCACUACAACGGGUGAAGGGGAUGAACUCAAUGGACAGGAAGAAGCCUUUCGUGCCUGGGCAGUGAAUGCAUUCAAGACUGCCUGUGAGAUCUUUGAUGUCCGUGGGAAAAACAGCAUUCAGGUACCCAAGAUGUAUACCUGUGAUGAUUCCUGGAAUCCUAAGAACUACAGGGUGGUAUACGACUCCCAGACUUUGCACUUGAGUAAAGGACUUGCUGACAUACAUGCAAAGAAUGUGAUUCCAAUGAAGCUCACAUUUAGGCAGAAUCUGCAAAGUUCAAAAUCCAGUCGUGUCACCAUCCUUGUUAAGCUUUCCUGUGAGACUAAUCAGGAAAUGCAGUACCUGCCCGGAGACCACAUUGGGAUUUUCCCAGGCAACCAGCCAGAAUUAGUUCAGGGCAUCACUGAGCUUCUUAAAGAUGCACCCCCAGCUGAUCAGACCGUCCGAUUGGAAACCUACAAUGAUGGUGGCUACUGGACAAGUGACAAGAAAAUUCCACCCUGCACACUCUCAGAAGCCUUGACAUACUUCCUGGAUAUCACCACCCCACCCUCACAGCAGCUGCUAAAAAAGCUCUCCCAGCUGGCAACAGAGGAAGGAGACAGACAGAGACUGGAAGUCUUAUGUCAUAGCUUAGAGAAGUACAACGACUGGAAGUUUUUCAACAGUCCCACCAUCCUGGAGGUCCUGAAGGAAUUCCCUUCCAUUAAGGUCUCAACACCUUUCUUGCUGACUCAGUUGCCUUUGCUGAAGCCCAGAUAUUACUCCAUCAGCUCCUCACAAGACAUGUCACCCAGAGAGGUCCAUCUGACAGUUGCGGUGGUCAACUACAGGACAAAGGAUGGUCAAGGUCCCUUACGUCAUGGAGUUUGCAGUACAUGGCUGAAUACAAUAAAUCUCAGUGAAACAGUCCCAUGCUUUGUACGCAGUGCUGCCGGAUUCCAGCUCCCGAAGGACCCAUCCACGCCAUGCAUUCUGAUUGGCCCAGGGACAGGAAUUGCUCCAUUCAGAAGCUUCUGGCAGCAGCGUCUCCAUGACUUGGAAAAGAAAGGAAUCAAAGGCAGCGGCAUGACAUUACUGUUUGGCUGCCGGCAAUCAGAUACGGAUCACAUCUACAGGGAAGAAACUCAGGAGAUGAAGAGAAAGGGAGUACUCAAAGAGGUCUACACUGCUUACUCCAGGCAGCCUGGCCAAGCAAAAGUCUAUGUUCAAGACAUUCUUCAGAGCAAGCUGGAGACAGAAGUUCACCAACUCAUCCAUGAAGACAAAGGGCAUCUGUAUGUCUGUGGAGAUGUGCGCAUGGCCAGGGACGUUGCCCAGACCUUGAAGGAGAUGUUUGCUAAGAGACUGAAGCUGACCGAGGAUCAGGCUGAAGAGUACAUCUCCCAGCUCAAGAGCCAGAAGCGAUACCAUGAAGACAUAUUUGGGGCUGUGUUUCCACGUGACCACAAACGAGCUUCAAAACUCACCAGCCAAAGAACAGAUCAGCAGUUAACAUUUUAAUCAAAAUUUGCACAUGCAUUGUUAUUUUCAAACAGCAAGGGGCCAAGUCUUUCUGAUGCAUGUCAAUGAUGCGCAUGUGUCUGAGGGUAGGCCUUGGCCCUUUCAGGUUUAGUUUUAGGUCAACGCAAAAGACUAAAUGUAUUUUAUUUAAUUAAAUCCUUAUUGCUAUUUAUUCUGUGAUUUCUUUUUAAUGAAUAUUUUGUUAUAAUCUGGAUAGUCAAGAGGCAGAUUUUUUUUUUUUAACCCUGUCUAGAAUAGGGUGUGCUCUGGCUAGUUGAAAAUACAGAAAAAUAUCUGCUGCUUCUGCUACUGAAGAAAAUAUAGAUUUUUAUAUAU